AUGAUGCUGGUACCUCCGACCAGUUGCAUUUACGUGAGGGAAGGGAUAUUGCGGCAACGAGAAUCAGAGGAAGAAAUAUGUAGUCUUAUUGGCCUUAAAUCUUUUGUCACUUCAGAUCCAUAUGAUUCCUUAUCUACUUGGUCUCUCUCUUCUUCUCCAAACAAAUGGGUUGGUGUCACCUGCAAUAUUCGCCAUGGAAGGGUCCAUUCCUUGAAUCUUACUAGCAUGGAUCUUAUAGGCACCAUAUCUUCACAACUGAGAAAUCUCUCAUUUCUUGUUGAACUUGAUCUUAGUAGCAACAAUUUUUAUGGUCAAAUACCAAGAGAGUUAGCUCGAUUGCGUAGAUUGAAGCUACUGAACCUGAGGUUCAAUGACUUUCAUAGACAAGUUCUAGCAUGGAUAGGAGAUUUAUCUACACUGGAGCACUUAAAUCUUCAAAAUAAUAUUUUUGAUGGAUUAAUUCCAGCAUCUCUGUUCAAUCUAUCAAGGUUGGAGACAUUAGAUUGA